AACGUUACACAUUUCAGAUAAAUUCGCGACGAUGAUCAUUUCCUGGCAACCUGAAAUGUUAUUUGUUUAUAUUGUUGCCGAUCCCUGUAGAAACAUACACGCUGAAAUUAACUUAUCAAUUGCUUGAAAACUUCCACAAAUGGAGCCCGAUGCAAUUAAUAAAAAAAGUUUGGAUGUUGUGCUCAACCGUAAUUUGGCGAGUUUGAAAACAUGCAAUGUGGUCGACGCGUGGUCAUUUGUGAAACAUGAUAUUGAAGAACACAUCGGUAAAAAUUUGGUCUGCGUUCCUCAUCUGGUAGAUGGAUUAAGCUACAAUAUCACUUCAGUGUUCAUAAAAACGAACCAGUCUGGGGCCAGAGGGAAGAGAUUCCGAACUUACAAACCUCUCGGUCUCGUGAAAGAUUUAAUAGAUAAGGACAAGUCCCACACUUCAUGGCAUGAUGUUUCCAGCAAGGUUAUUCGAUCGGAGCCAGUGAAAGAUUUUCAGUCUUACAAGUUAACGUUAAUGGACGAACCACAUCAAAGAAAAAUUUGUGUAGCCACUACGAACUUUACGAGAUCAUACGUACCUCCUCAAUAUUCUCCCAUAGGAAAGAUAACGUUUAGCAAAGGCAGCAGCGAGGAUAUUGCUGCUGCGACAACAGUGUACUUAGUUAACAAUGUUAUUAAAGCAGGAACUGUUGACCUGUAUAUAGAUGUGGGUGACUACUCCCGAGUAUUCCAUUAUGGUGACCCACAUCCACUUGUAAAUCCACAACUGUAUGCUCUGCCCGUGCCAAGUGGACUGGCUUUGAUUUACAUGAUGCCCCCUCUCACCCCGAGUUGGUUGAAUGAAUCAACCUUCUUCCUUCGUAUCUGCCGAUUGUGUCAAGUGUGAAUGAAGCAUUAAUUACUAAGAUUUUACCUGAGAUUGUGUUUUUUUAUCAGAGAUGUUCCUUCAGAGAUGUAAUUAAUCAAUUGUGUGUAUUGCACAACUCCUGAAGAGAACUCUAAUAAAGCACAUAAAGGAAAAAUA